UCGAAAUUCUAAACCUAAAGUUGAGAAUUUACAUAGUAUAGUUCAAGCAAUCUAUAUAGUGUAAUAGUGACUGAACUAGAAGAUGGUGCUGCUUCAUUUGGCGCAGAAGUAUUUGUAAAGGAUAUAAUUGGAUUGUUAAGUACCUAGGUCAAAAUGGGUACAAAUAUACAAAAUAAUUUCUACAGCGGAAUCAAUUCGGACAAAGCAAUAUCAUUGUGUGUGUCGACCAGAGCAGCAGGGUUUGGAGCAGCCCAUAUAUUCAAUGUAAUUUCCCACUACCAAAAUGUACCCAAUGCUGGAAACAUCUAUCAAUAUUAUCGUAUUUGUUUGGCUAUUUUAGAGAGCAAGGCACAAGUUGUCCAGCGUAGCGUUACCGUCAUUCAAAAUAAUGAAGACGACUACGCAAAAUUAAUUCUGAAUUAUGAAUUUAUCACAACCAUGAUACGAGUUAUGAAUUAUUUACCAGAUCAGAUAACAAAUGUUGCUAAUGCAAUUAGAAAAAUUGGAUUAAAUGGGAGAAUGUACAUACCAAAAUUUGGACGUAACAAUUUAACAAAAAAAGGAUUAUUCAUUCCUCAGUCAGAACAAGUUACAUAUUCAAACUUACGACGAGUAGUUAUCGCGCUAGCAGAUAAUGAAACUCCGCGUAAGUAUCGAGAACAAUUUUAUGUGAAUAAUCCAAUUCCUGGUGCAAUUUGGAAUAAUGCACCGCAAGACCCAACCUUGGCAAAUCCAAAUGAAAUAAUGCCUGAAUGCUAUACAGUUUCAGAUUUAGAUAAUGAUAUUUGUGAUGUGCAGGCAAAGAUGCAUUUUCUGCGUGGAAAAGCUUCUGAAUAUUUUAAAGAACGUAUGAGCUAUGAGACAGAGAGUGGAAAAUCGAUGUUAGUAUGUAACGAACAAGGGAGUCUUAGAGUCAAAGACCGCCAGCCGAACCAAGAAUUAGCUGAGUAUUAUGCCGCUUUGAAAGUUGAAGGAAACGUCGAAAAAUAUUACAAUCUCGAAAGAUUAACAUACGACGAGCAGAUCACAGGAAAUAUUGCGCUAUUGGGUGAACAACCCAGUCUUAGAAACUUGCGUUAUCCUGUUUAUAUAACGAGAGACAAGCGAGUUUGUUGUCAGUACAGCGGUUUAGCCUAUAUAUCCGUUCGCAAUUUUAAAUAUACAUAGAGCUUCCUCUUCCUAACAGUCGGGCAAUAAUAGACUUUAAAUAACUAAUCACCCCAUAAGAACUAACUGGCUGAGAGGUAGUGUCAAACUUUUACGGUGAUUUUAGCACGGAUUCUAUGAAUUUAUUUUGGUAUAUAGUACCUACUUAUUUGAUAACAAAAAUGUAUGUCGUCAGCUGGCGCGAGUUCGGGACUUUUAGGCAAGAAAAGAUCAAAUAUGAAAGCAGAUGGAAAAACCCUACAACUUAUAUGUCAAAUAUUUAUCUCCGUAGCUUACAUCCAUAAUGGCCUAGGGGUUAGAAUACCUGGCUCCUGGCUUUCACCCAGGCGAGUCGGGUUCGAUUCCCGGUGUCGGAAAUCUUUUUUGUUUUUUAAAAUUGACAUUUUGAUUGAAAAAUAAUUGUUUUAUAAUACCACUUUUUUAUUAUUUAUACGACACAAUAUAAAAAAGUAUUAUAAAAACAAUUAUUUUCCAAAUCAAAAUGCCAAUUUUAAAAACAAAAAGGAUUUCCGACGCCAGGAAUCGAACCCGACUGGCCUGGGUGAAAGCAAGGUAUUCUAACCACUAAGCCAUUAUGGAUGUAAGGCACGGAGAUAAAAAUUUGACAUAUAAGUUGUAGUGUUUUUCUAUCUACUUUCAUAUUCUAUCUUUUCUUGCCUAAAAGCCCCGGUUUUGGGCCAGCCGACACAUCAUUUGUUAAUAAGCUUUGGAACAACUAAGCAAAUAAAAAGAAAACAGCCAUGCUAAAAUGAUCUGGUCAAACUUGACGCUACCUCCCGGGCUAUGAAGUAAAGUGCUAGCAGGAAGCAUGCAACGUUACAAAACAACAGUCAACAAAAACUGUAUGCCACCUCACGCCAAAGAUAAGUCUUUCAAAUGUUCAAUUUGUUUCAAACAAUUACGAAAAUCGUCUUCUAUGAAGAGGCAUUGAAAAACUCACUCUGGAGAAAAGCUCUUUAAUUGUGAAGUUUUGUGCAAAACAGUUUUCGGAAUCUAUAGUGGUUUGAAGCGCCAAGGGAAAAACCUUUUAGUUGUGAACUUUAUUAUAAACAGUUUGUAUUGAAAAAUAUGUUGGUUGUUGGGAUCAGGUGCCUUUUGGUCCAUAUUAAAAUAAUUUGUAAUAAAA